GACCGUGUCUAAAUCCGGAAAAUUACCGUGUACACCCGGGAUAACCGAGUAAGCGGAUUGCUUCGCUUUGUAAAGCACGACAUCUCUGUCAGCGGCCAGUUCGGCCCUGAUCCCUCGAAAACACUUCAGACGGCUUGUCCCGUGCGGCAACCCUAGUACAGUGCACAUGCUGCCCAGCUCAGCUCUCUCCCGACCACGGAUAAUAUCGACAUCGACGCCGACGACGACUAUCACCGUACCGCUGCCUCCCCCCUACGCUCCUCGCUCCAACACACCCGCGGACAGGCGCCGAGAAUUCCACUUCCUCCGCAGCUUCGGCUGGCCCCGCAAUCAUCAUGAACUGUCCGACACGAGAUACGAAUCCCUAUGAUUUGGAAGGCCACAAUCAAAACCCACCUCUCUUCCCACCGGAGCUCACUACGCGGUCGUCUCUCGUUUGCGGCGGAAAGACAGAUGGCGUGUACAACCUACCGUUACACGUUCUUGCUCUGUUCAUUAUACUGGCAGUGUCGGUAUUAGCCUGUUCGUUCCCGUUAGUCGUCAAGAAAGCACCGCAGCUCAGGGUCCCGCAUUACUUCCUGUUCCUCUCGAGACACUUCGGUACCGGUGUUCUGAUUGCUACCGCCUUCGUGCACCUCCUACCAACCGCGUUCACAUCCCUCACGGAUCCAUGUCUCCCCAAGUUCUGGAACGAAGGCUACCCCGCGAUGGCCGGCCUCAUCGCCAUGGCCUCGGUCUUCGUCGUCGUAUCGAUCGAGAUGUUCUUCUCCACCAUGAACGGCGGCGCUAUGGGUGGCUGUCACGGCGGCCCCAGUGCCGGUUACGAAGUCCUCACUCCCACCACAGCGUCCUUCGGCCACAGACGCGGCGCCAGCAGCGCCAGUGCGGCAAGCUUCACGAACGGAGGAAGAAACCCGCCCAGUGAGGCCAUUCGACCGGUACGCCGAACCCGCAGGAGCAACAGCAUAGGAAGCCAGUUGCAGAGGAUCGAGCUCAGCGCGGAUGUCUUGCAAUACGACGAGGCCUGCUCUGAUGGGGAGGAUUCGCCUGAUCCCGAGGCGCAUCACAAGAGCGACUAUGAAGACGACGAUGCCGACUCGGAUGACGCUAACGAGGUCACGGAGUUGAGGUCUCUGAAUUCGAAUGGCCAGAAGAUGUCAACGAGUGCGGGUCAUACGAGGAGGCCUGGCGGUGGAAGGCUGACGGAGGAGCAGCAACAAAAGAAGAACCUGUUGCAGGUUAUGCUGUUAGAGGCGGGGAUUUUGUUCCAUAGUGUUUUUAUUGGAAUGGCAUUAUCGGUUGCUACCGGAUCGAAUUUUAUAGUCCUCUUGAUUGCGAUCACCUUUCACCAAACAUUCGAAGGCCUGGCACUGGGCUCACGCAUCGCCGGUAUCACCGCCUUCGCCAAGGACUCUCCCAAGCCGUGGCUCAUGUGUCUCGCCUACGGCACCACGACGCCAAUCGGUCAGGCCAUCGGCCUACUGACCAGAAACCUCUACGACCCAGCAAGCCAGACCGGUCUACUCAUGGUCGGCGUCAUGAACGCCAUCUCCUCCGGCCUGCUCUUGUUUGCAGGACUGGUGGAGCUUCUGGCAGAGGACUUCUUGAGUGACGAGAGCUAUGUGAUACUUACAGGGAAGCGGAGGCUUCAGGCUUGUGCGGCGGUUGCGGCGGGCGCAGCCGGUAUGGCGCUGGUUGGCGCGUGGGCUUGAUAAGGCUUUUUUGGGCGGUGGUGGGGGUAUAUUAUUAUGUACUAAUGGUCCACUAUUCGGAUCUGGGCUGGAUGGCGCUGGAUUUUGCUCUUGCUUUGCUUAAAUAUAUGUUGCGUUUGAUUAUUGCCUAAA